AUGUUUGCAGUAGUGCUCCCAAUUAUGGAGUCCAAUUUUCUGAUUGCCACUCGUAGCAACAAUUCCAAUGGCGAAACAUCGCUAUUCAUCGACUCCUUGAAACAGUCGGCAAACCGGUGCGCCAAACGUGAAGAACUCCCGUAUACACCCGCCAAAUAUUUACCCGUGGCAAGUGCACGCGAACUCGUGGAAAUGGCCAUGUCUUUUAAAGCGCGUUCGGUGACGAGAGCCAGGUCAAGAUGCCCCAUGUCACCGGAAUGCAUGAGUGGAGCACGGCUUUAUGAUGCACCUGACACCGUGAUCAACCAGAUACUUGAUGUAGGCUUUCACCAAGAAUCGCUCGCUGCCAUGUCGAUUGAGGUACAGAACUUCAACGCAUCGAUGAGUGGAUAUGUCUCGGAGGCUGCCCUCGCGCGCGAAACCAUCGACGUGGAUUAG